AUGAAUAAACAGAAACGACCAGAUACAAAUGAGAAAAACGAAAAAAUGAAAAUUUUCUUCAAAGAAAUAGAGGAGCGCUUAAACAAAAUCGAUAAAAUGCAGAAUAAAAUUCUGAACUUACUAUGCGAUAAUGAAAAUGGUACAUUAAACAACGAAAAAAAACUAAAACUAAAAUUGCAACCAAAAUUGCUAUUAAAAAAAUGCUACGGCAAUAUAUCUUACUGGGACGAGCGAUACACAAAUGAAGAAGAGCAAUUUGACUGGCAUCAAAAAUGGUGUAGUGUAAAGCAUAUUUUCUCAGAGCUUAACCUACAAAAUGACGCAAAGAUCUUGAAUGUCGGUUGUGGGACAUCAAGAUUCAGCGAAGAAAUGCUAGACAAUGGCUACACGGAUAUAACGAACAUUGAUGCAUCCACUGUGUGCAUAAAUAAGAUGAAAGAAAUCUACAAGGACAAGCCGAAUUUAAAAUACAUACUAAUGAACGUGUGCGACAUGAAGGGAUUUAAAAAUGCAGAAUUUGAUCUAAUCGUGGAUAAGGCAUGUCUAGACUCUGUGGUUUGCUCGGAAGAUUCCUUAAAAAACGCUGAGGAAAUGUUGUCCGAAGUAUCGCGCGUGUUAAAGCCCGAAGGCGUCUUUGUUGUCAUAUCGCAUGCGCAACCGACUUAUCGACUAGGAUAUUUGCAGAAGCCGGACUACAAGUGGAACGUCGCAGUGAAAACAGUUAAACGGCCUAUGUUAGGAAUAGUAGCCCCCCCUGUGGAUGACAGCUUGCACUACGUUUACAUUUGCAAAAAGGGGAGCACAAACACGCAACAAUAG